AAUAUUAAAAGAGACAACAAACGAAUUUUAUGUAAAUAUGGGGUGCUCUCCAUCAAGAAGUGUUACUAUUGGUCACAAACAUAACGGCAAACUGGGCAUGAACGACAGGCGUAUCGUGAAUGAUUAUGAUAAACGUAAUGUGAAGAAGACGUGGAAAAUUCUAUCCAAGGAUAUGCCAGGAAUUGGGGCGAAAAUAUUUCUAAAAAUCUUUUCUUUGAAACCAGAAAUUAAGCAGAUAUUUCCUUUCAGGGAUUGUACUGGCGAGGAAUUAAUGCGUGACACCCACUUCCGUGGUCAUGCUUCUCGGUUCAUGCAAGCAGUUGGUGCUGCUGUGGAUAAUGUCAAUGACCUUGAUACGGCAAUGACGUCAUUGUUAUUUGGACUCGGACAACAGCAUAUUCACUAUACCGGAUUUAACGUACAAUAUUUUGAUCUGUUUAUAACAGCAAUGUUAUUUGUGUUUGAAAAAGAACUUAACAUAAAAUUUACUCAGGAAGUUGCAAAUUCAUGGCGUCUAGUUCUAGAAUUUAUGAUCUCAAAACUGAAAGAAGGGUAUAAUGAUGCUAUUCUAAAUAAAUGCUGAGAAAGAAAAUUUAAUUAUUAUUUACGCAUCUAGACCGUACUUUAUUUCAAUAAUUUUCCUACAUUGUGUAUAAUGUGAUUGUAAAAUUUAACUUUGUCUGUGUAUCAAAACUUUAUAAUGAAGUGGCAAUAUUCAUUUUACCAUGGAUGUAAAUACAUGUAAUUAAAAAUGUAACCAAUAUUAAUCUUCUGUAAUAAAUCCUUAUGCAUAAACGUACAAAAUAUGA